UAGUUUAUUUUGUUAUCUUCAUUAUGCAAUUUACAAGGUUUUUUUUUCCUUCACUUCGAAAUGAGUUUAUUUUUAAUUGCCGCACGAAAUUGAAACCAACGUAUCAUACCUGGCAUGAGAAAGUUGCGAAUGUUUUACCAAAUAAUGUCGACAAUAAUAGUGACGUGUUUAAGGAAAAUGCUGACAAAAUGAACAUUUUGGUCGAAAAUUUGGAAAAUUUAAUAAAUAAAAUCGUAUUAGGUGGAGGUGAAGCAGCUCGAAAACGUCAUUUAGAACGCGAUAAGUUAUUACCUCGUAAUAGGAUAAGUCGUUUACUUGAUAAUGGAUCUCCCUUUCUAGAACUUUCACAACUCGCUGGUUAUAAAUUAUAUACAGAUGAAAUACCCGCAGGUGGAAUAAUCACUGGAAUUGGAUGUGUUAAAGGGGUGGAAUGUAUGAUUGUUGCUAAUGACUCAACAGUUAAAGGCGGAACAUAUUAUCCCAUUACAGUAAAAAAGCAUUUACGAGCACAAGAGAUUGCACGAGAAAAUCGGUUACCGUGUAUAUAUUUAGUAGAUUCAGGAGGUGCUAAUCUUCCUCAGCAGGCAGAGGUUUUUCCAGACCGCGAUCAUUUUGGACGCAUUUUCUUUAAUCAGGCUGCUAUGUCAUCCGAAGGUAUAUCACAAAUAGCCGUUGUGAUGGGAUCAUGUACAGCAGGUGGCGCUUACGUUCCUGCUAUGGCGGAUGAAAGUAUUAUUGUUGCAAAACAAGGUACCAUUUUCUUAGCCGGGCCUCCAUUAGUCAAAGCAGCCACUGGAGAAGUUAUUUCGGCAGAGGAACUAGGAGGAGCGGAUUUGCAUUGUCGAAUAUCUGGGGUAACGGAUCAUUACGCUAGUAACGAUGAGCAUGCCUUACAAACUGCAAGAAAAAUUGUUGAAACGCUUAAUUUGUCAAAGAAACCUGAUUUAUUAAUUAAGAAGCCCGAAGAACCUCUAUAUUCUGCAUCAGAGCUCGGUGGUAUUGUGGGUGAUAAUCUGCGCAAAUCUUUUGAUGUCAAAAAUGUCAUUGCGCGUAUCGUAGAUGGAAGUCGAUUUGAAGAAUUUAAAGAAUUAUAUGGAACAACAUUAAUUACUGGUUUCGCGCAUUUAUACGGUUACCCUGUUGGAAUUGUUGCUAACAAUGGAAUCCUUUUUUCCGAAUCAGCUCUUAAAGGAGCACAUUUUAUUGAGCUUUGUGCGCAACGUGGUAUACCACUAAUCUUUCUUCAGAAUAUUACAGGAUUUAUGGUUGGUUCAUCCGCAGAAGCCGGUGGUAUUGCCAAGAAUGGCGCGAAGAUGGUGACUGCAGUAUCUUGUGCCAAAGUUCCAAAACUGACGGUUAUUAUUGGUGGUAGUUUCGGUGCCGGAAAUUAUGGAAUGUGUGGAAGAGCAUAUAGCCCCAGAUUCUUAUGGAUGUGGCCGAACGCGCGGAUAUCAGUCAUGGGAGGUGAACAAGCCGCAAGUGUUUUGGCUCAAAUUAGAAAAGAAGCAGAAGCCAAAAAAAAAAAAGGUGAAACGGUACGUGAAUUUUCAUUAGCAAUGAUAAAGAUUGAUAUAUGUAAAUGUUAAUUUAAAUAUUCAUCGACAGUGGUCAAUGGAAGAAGAAGAAAAAUUCAAGAAGCCUAUUCGUGAAAGAUUUGAAGUUGAAGGUCAUCCAUAUUUUUCCUCAGCGCGUCUUUGGGACGAUGGAAUUAUUAAUCCUGCUGACACACGUAAAGUUCUCGGAUUAGCAUUAAGUGCUACACUUAACGCACCAAUCGAGAAGACACGUUUUGGUAUAUUUAGGAUGU